GUGGGCGGACUGCAUUGGGAGGUGGGUGCCCGGCACGCGCCAAAGGACUCGCUCAGCCGCCGCUUGGAUGCCAGAGGCUUCUCGGGAGCCGGCGGCCACAGGCGCUCCGGAGGAGGCAGGAGGAGAAGAAGGGGACGAGGCUGGGCGCUGAGCGGGGGCGUCGCAGCCGGCCGGCCCUGGCCAUGGCCUCCAACUUUAACGACAUCGUCAAGCAAGGCUAUGUGAAAAUCCGCAGCAGGAAGCUGGGGAUUUUCAGAAGAUGUUGGUUGGUUUUCAAGAAGGCUUCUAGUAAAGGUCCUAGAAGGCUAGAAAAAUUUCCUGAUGAGAAGGCAGCAUAUUUCAGAAAUUUUCAUAAGGUAACUGAGUUGCACAACAUCAAAAAUAUAACUAGACUGCCUCGAGAGACAAAGAAGCAUGCAGUGGCAAUUAUCUUCCACGAUGAGACGUCAAAGACAUUUGCCUGUGAGUCAGAGCUUGAAGCGGAGGAGUGGUGCAAACAUUUAUGUAUAGAAUGUUUAGGAACCAGACUUAAUGAUAUAAGUCUUGGUGAACCUGAUCUACUUGCUGCUGGAGUUCAGCGAGAGCAAAAUGAGCGAUUCAACGUAUACCUUAUGCCUACACCAAAUUUAGAUAUCUAUGGGGAAUGUACAAUGCAGAUCACACAUGAAAACAUUUAUCUCUGGGAUAUCCACAACGCUAAGGUGAAGCUUGUCAUGUGGCCUCUAAGUUCUCUAAGGAGAUAUGGGCGAGACUCGACAUGGUUCACGUUUGAAUCUGGAAGGAUGUGUGACACAGGAGAAGGGCUGUUCACCUUUCAGACAAGGGAAGGGGAGAUGAUCUAUCAGAAGGUCCAUUCUGCAACACUGGCAAUAGCUGAGCAACAUGAAAGACUGGUGAUGGAGAUGGAACAGAAAGCACGGCUUCAGACCAGUUUGACUGAACCAAUGACGUUACCAAAAUCAAUCUCACUUCCUCGCAGUGCAUACUGGCAUCACAUCACUCGACAGAAUAGCAUGGGAGAAAUCUACAGUUUACAAGGUCAUAGUCUUGGCUCAACAAAGGUUUCUCGUGCACAGACAUUUCCCAGCUACACCUCAGAGCAGAGCGAGGAGCAUGAGCAACACCUCUCACUGUCUAGCAGUUAUGGAUUCAGCUACAGCUCAGGCCUUCUCCAAUGACACACAGACAGUGUCUGACUUGAGAAACAGUCUAGCGUGGAACCUGCUUGUGAGGCCCAGGAGCCGCUUGUCCCUUCCUUGACAUCCACAGACAAGAAACGGUAGUGAAAAUGAAGGGUGCAAGUCUCCAGGCUGGUGCUGGUGAAGAAGAAAGCUUGGAUCGCUGCUUCCCCAGGGCAGAAUCUAAGUAUUAUUUAUUUAAAUUUUAUAUUGGCUUUUUUGUCCAUGUUUUAGAAAAAAGAAAUGAUUUCUCUCUGGAAUCUUGAAGGUGUGUAGUUGAGGUUUUUGCAUGCCUCAAAUACUACCUGCUCUGGCGAGCAAAGUGUAUGUGUGUGGGGGAGAGGAGGACAGUAUAAUAUGUUGUCAGUGUGCAGCUCUUGCCAAUCAACUCUGUUGUCAAAUUUGCUCAUCCACAACAGAAAGCACCCUUACUCUAGGUAUCAGCCCUCCAAAUGGGUCAUCAUUACGCAGAUGUUGCUCAAUGAACAAACCUUUCUAAAGGGUACUUCCCAAAUUCGCAAAUGUAAACCUACCACCAGUUACACACAAUUCAGUCCCAGUGUCUUGAAUGUGAUCUACGCAUGAGUAAUUUUAGGACUGUAACCUAACAUUGCAUCCAUGAAAUGGAGCCAGGGACUCCUCAUCAGAGUCUCAAAAAUACAGUAAAAACAUGUGAUAGAGGAGUCAUUAGAUACUUCCAGUGGGGUGGCAUGGCAGUGCUUAAUAGCUUUCAGUAAUAGAUUGUGUUGUAUAUU